UCCUUCUGGUUUUGAGAGCAUUGCUCUUGUGGAAGAGGAUCUGAACGGCGAGCUGAUGAACGAAGACAUACGUAUCCAUACCUGGCCUUGUUCUUACUACUUGGACACCAGCAAACAAUGGGUCUCUGGCAGACUCUCGCUGACUCCUGUUGCGAUCAAAUUUACAGCUGACAAGACUGGGGAACUUCUGGUCAACUUCCAUCUUUCUAGUAUCAGCGAGAUCAAGAAGGAAUCUUCAAAUUUAAUCUUCAGCUCCCUUACCAUCUUAGAGAGGAACACCAAGCAUUGGUUCAGUUCUCUGCAACCCAACAGAAAUGUGGUGUUCAACAUCCUUGAGCACUUCUGGAGGGAGCAGCUGCUGUCAAGCCAAGGUGCUGGAGCAGAAGCAGCAGCUUUGCAGUCAACAAAGGGAAAAGAACUGACCGGGUUAUUGAUGGGAUCACAGAAACGACUGGAGGACACAGCAAAAGUGCUGCAUUACCAGGGCGAGCAGUUUGAUAACAUCAUGAGAGGACUCAACAAGAUUGAAGGGGAUAUGGAUGUAGCAGACAGGUUGUUGACUGAGCUCGAAUCUCCUUCUUGGUGGCCGUUCAGCAGCAAACUCUGGAAAGCGCCAUUGGAAACCAAGCCAAAGGAAACUGCCACAGUUUCCGAUUCGAAGAACCAGGAAGGAAUCAUAAUUAGAAUUCCAGUUAUUAUCACCCACAGAACAGACUCAAAUGUCAAGCCAGGAAAACUCACGCUCUUCGCUUCUGGCCUGGAAAUCAGUGACUGCAAUUCUCAGGUCAUUCACCGGUUUGAAUCAAAGGAUGUAGAUGAUAUCAGAGUUCAUACGCCAUAUGAAAUCAGCGUCCGUCAGAGAUUUAUUGGGAAGCCCGACACCUCUUACCGGCUCUUGUCAGCAAAGAUGCCAGAAGCAAUCCCCAUCUUGGAGGUGCAGUUUAGCAAGAAGAUACAGUUUUUAGAAGACGCCCUAGGAUUUGUUGGUGCCAGGAAGUCUCCUCAGGUAGAUUUGGGGACCUCCAUUUGGCAAGCAGCCACAGGACUCCUGGGAGGAGUGGUGCAGCCCGGCUCUCCGGUGGGAGGCAGAGAAGGGAUGGACAAUGACCAGGUUCAGCUGCAGGAGCAAGAGAAGAUCUCCCAGGAAGAAGCAAAAGAGCUUAAACAGAUACUAAAGAAACUGAAGGGCCUUGCCUUGGAGACAGAAGCCGAGCUGGAGAGACAGGACGAAGCUCUCGAUUCCAUCACUACCUCCGUCGACCGCGCGACGCUGAAUAUUGACAAGCAGAACCGCAGAAUAAAGAAACUAACGUAGCGCCCGCGGGAGCCGGCGGGGAUGGUGUCGUGAGGAAGAGGAGGAUCGGGGAGCUGUAUUUCUCAAGGCUGUUUCUUUAAUAGACGCUUCGGUUGCGUGGGAGGUGUUUGCAAUAUUGUCUGGAAUACGACGCUGCUUGUUGUCGAGUUCCUGAGGGUUUUGAAAAUGUUUCCAGGCUCGGAUGACGUUUGAAGGCUGGUUUAGGAUUAAAAAAGGCCAAGACUUUUAAUUGCGGUGAAACAAUGAUAGUGGAUUCUUUACUACAGAAAAUCUGUAAAUACGAAGGGAUGUGAUAUAAUCUGCAUCAACUUUUAUGUGCUUUUUUAUGUUGCUGCUUUUGAAAGUGGUUUAUUUUUUUUAACUGCAAGGAAGAAGUGAAGGAGAAAUGAACUGCAUAUGCAACUACUUUAGAUGAUUACAGCCUAUUAAUUCUCUCUCAAGGUCUUUCUUGAAAAUAGUUAAUAGCUGAACUAAGGGCCAGAUGUCCAACUGCGAGUCAUUGAGGCUUUUUCUUGGGGGGGGGAAGUUAAUGCUGAGGUGAGCAAAUGAUGGUGAUAAAACCUUGUGUUCCCUGAGCAAAUAGUUUUAAUAGUUUCAAUCAUGCUUUUAAUGUACCCAGAAAUUUUAUGAGAGUAAUGAAGACUUAGUGGCCACAGCUGUCUGUUGCCAUGUCCUGGGAAAUCAAGAGAAGAAGGUUAGUUAAUGUGCAUGUAUUGGUAGAGACAUCUACUUCUUGAGAAAAUGUUGGGGUUUUUUUUUCCCCCCUUUGAUAAAUGUUUUGCUUACUUCAAGUCACUUACAGAAAGUAAGUGUCAAAGUUAAAUACAUGCUUCUGCUGUCCAGAGAGAGACUGCCUGUCUUCGAUGGGCAUCUACAUGGUUCUGCGUGUUCUAUUUUUCCCCUUUAAACUGCACACAUCCUGAAGGAAUUGAUGUUGGAGUGGAGAAAGUGAUUUUCUUCACGGGCAGAUUGAUUCAGUUCUUGGAGUUCGCUGUUUGUAUCCCUCACUUGCACACGGUGGGUUUAUAUUUUUGGUAAUAGUCCGACAUGGGAUGCGGUGUCCUCGGAGCAUCGUGGGCAUAGUGUUCACUCCGUGUGGUCCCUGAAUACCACGUUGGAUCUGGGCUGCUGCAUCUCUGAUGGAUGUUAGUGGAAGGUCUCUCGUCCCUUUCCUUCCCUGUCCUUCAUUUCCCAAGGAUUUCCCUACCGUUUGUCUCCAGCUCUCUAAAUGGGAACUUCAUGAGUUGUGUGGAGCAUCAUGUGGGUUUUGUGUGUCUACUCCAGAUUCACAGCCCGAGGGGCUCGUGGUCGGAGCUGUAGACGCCUGUAUAACAUUUGAUAGUCGUGGUACAUCCAUCUAUCUUCUGGCUUUCAUUUAUUUGCACUAACUGGUGGUGAAGCAUUUCAAAACUUCUUGUAGACCUGCAUUUCUAAAAUAAAAGGGAAUACUGUCGAUAGCUGUCUAGUAGGUUUUGUUGAGUUUACAAUUGGCUCCAUGGAGAGUACAGGACAGUGGAGACCUUUUCCCCUCCUAAUGUAGUUGAUACUGCAUAGGAGAGAUUCCAGAUAAUCCAUGUAUCUAUCACCUGUGGCAGAGAACUCGCAUUUCAUCAAUUCCUACAGUUUACCAGCUAUUUUAGUUCAAAGUAGCUGUUGUAAUAAUGUCUUUUUUUUUUUUUACGUGUUUUUAUAUUAAAAAAUUCUUCUUGGAUUGCUUUCAAAUACAACCCUUUCGGUGCAAUAUUUUUAACUAGUGAAGCUUUGAACUGUUUAUUCUACUGAUAGCUGAUGUGAAAUUUUUCUGUGUCAGGCUGAUUCAGCCUGCCUUUUGAAGAAAGGUACAGUAAAUCCCAUAGGGUUGGUUGUUUUCAAGAUCUUGCUCUACCUUGUUUUGUAUUACUUCAUAUUAGUUUGUUAGUAUUGGAGUAAGGUGUACUUUUGCACUGCAAGUGCUUCGUUUACGGUCCAAGUUGUUACUGGCAUGCACUUUACCUACUUGCUGAAUAUGGUGAUUAUAUAUACAUACACUACGUACUGUGAAAUAAAAUAUCGUCUGGGGUUCUCUUCUUUGUUUCCGAUACCCAAAUCACCGUUGUUUUACUGUGAAAGGAAGGAUAGAUAUGUUUACGCAACUAAUUAUUUCGUGAAUUUAAAAGUACACUUUGCACAAAAUCUAUGUUAACCGAACCUGGUGCUGACUGGGAACAAAUCUCUACGCUGAAUUAGUCCAAACCAGGAUUGCCAAAAGUAAAUACUAAUUACACAUCAUUUAGUUUGGCAUUCUUCGUGCCAUACUUUUUAUUGUUGUGGGUUUUAGCACCAGCUGUUGCAGCUGAUUCAGUAUUUUGUGGUUUGUGUUAGUCCAACGUGUCGACGCUAAUGCAAAAAAAUUGUAAUACUGUUUGUAAGAAGUGACCCAUUCUAGA